AUGCCAGGCAGAGAGAUGGAGAAAGCAGCUUUGCAGGACCCCUUUUCCAGCAGCGUGGCCACCUCUGUGCGGACGGCCUCAUACCACUCGCAGCCGUCCGACAGACAGCCAGGCCGGCGCCAGCAGUUCAAGUCGUACCGACUGAACGGCGAGUAUGAGCGGCCGUGGCUGGGGGACAGCCGCCUGAAGAGAUCGCGCGUUGGCUCCUACAUCAUCUGGGGCUUCAUCGGGCUGGGGCUGGCCCUCAGUGCGUACAUCAACUUCACCGUCACCCAGAAGGUGUCGAAGCACCAGGCAGGUUACAUACAUACAUACAUGUUCAUUACUUGGUUAAUUGCUUACUGCCUUAUACUGGACGAUCAGUUCUCUUCGCUCAAUGAAGCCACAUGGAACCGUGAGGUCCAGAUCGGGGGAUUCGGGACCGGAGCCUUUGACUGGACUACGACGGACGAGAAGAAUGCGUUUGUCGACGGCGAGGGCCUGCAUAUCGUCCCUACGCUGACGACAGAGUCGACCUCGAUCACCCCCGAGCAGCUGGUCGACGGCUACACACUGAACUUGACCAAGGCUGGCGGCGACGGGUCCUGCACAGGAACAUCCAACGCUGCCUGUUCGAUCCGCUCGAACAAGACGACAGGGGCCAUCAUCCCGCCAGUCCGGUCAGCGCGGCUUAACACCCGGGGAAAGAAGAGCAUCCGCUACGGGCGAGUGGAGGUUGUAGCGAAGAUGCCGCGCGGAGAAUGGCUUUGGCCAGCCAUCUGGAUGCUGCCGGUCAACGAGACAUACGGGCCCUGGCCAUCGAGCGGCGAGAUCGACCUCGUAGAGACUCGCGGGAAUGACGUUGACUAUCCCGCUGGUGGCAGAGACAUCAUGUCUAGCUCCUUGCACUGGGGACCAACGCCGGAGACGGAUUCGUUCUGGCGGUCGACGAGAGGCAGGGCACUGCGGCGGACUGACUUCUCCAAGGGCUUCCAUACCUUCGGCAUUGAGUGGUCGAAGGACUACCUGUUCACCUACAUUGACAGCCCGUUGCAACAGGUCCUGUUCUGGAGCUUCGACAAGGACCAGACCAUGUGGCAGAAGGGCCACUAUGAGGGCGUGGCCGUCAACUCCUCGCUGGUCAAAGAUCCCUGGUCUCAGACAGGCAAUCCAAACACCCCCUUCGACCAGCCUUUCUUCCUCAUCCUCAACGUCGCCGUGGGCAGCACAAACGGCUGGUUCCCUGACGGCAAAGGCGGCAAGCCGUGGACUGACGUCGGCCAGGCAGCCUCAGACUUUUACUCCAGUACGUAA